GUGACUGAUGUUAUUUUCUGAAAGCCAAAAUGGCGUGGCUCACUGCAAGGGCGCGAGCGUGCACGGACCGCGCGGGCGGAAAAUCCCCGUGCGCCUCUACUCUGGACUCGCCGGUAGGAUCUGAGGAGGCUGAACACGCGCGGAGCACCGCGGUGGAGAGAGCGACACUAACCGGAGGAGCUUCAUCGAGCACCGGCCGGAGCAGCGCGGCGACCUGCGGCCAAUUUUCAGCCAGAUUUUCCGUCGGGGAUUCAGGGCAGGGGGGUGGGUUGGGGUGCGGGCACAGAAGAAUGAGAAAGCCCUCUUACCAGAGGGGGCGAAAACAUGAACGGGGCCGUGUACAUUUCGUUUUUCCAGGGCCAGCUGGAGUCCGUGCUGGAGCAAGUCGUUCAGCUCGCCGUCCAGGAAAUAAGCAAGACGGUGGGCUGCAGCCUGAACGCCCUGCUGCUGGAGACAGCCGUGAAGGAACAAGAAAACCACCGGCUCAGGCUCCAGCUGCAGUCCAGGGAGACCCGGGGCAGGGCCAACGCAGACGGCGGAGACACCCCGGCGGCUGGUAAGAACAAGGCGGCGGGCGACGAGAGGACAAAGCCCGAGACGCAGCAGCAGCAGCAGCAGCAGCUACAGCUACACGCCCCCGGAGGGCAGGGCACCGAGCGCGGCGUACCCAUCGACACACGUCGCCUGGAGCAGAGAGGACGAGUCGUGGACCAGCUGAAGUCCGUCAUGAAGCAAGUGCUGGAGUUCGCGGUGCACGAGCUGACGAAGAUUGUGGAGGCUUCGUUCGACGACCUGCUGCUGGAGAUCACCAAGAUGGAGCGGGAGCAGCUGGUCCUGGAGGAGAGGCUGGGCAAAGGCUCCGACCGAGGGGGAGGAGAGAAGGGGAGAGGAGGAGGCGGGGGGAGGAGGAGAGGGUCGGAGAAUGACUCGGUGUCACCCAGCGGCUCAGAGGAUGCCCGGGAGGAGCUGGCUGAAGUCACCGUGUCCAAAGAUAAGGCGGUGACGAGCAACUCGGAGCGUCCCCCGGUCCUUUCUGUCGCUCAGGACUGGGUUCCCAUUCUGGACAAGGUCUUCGGUCAGAAGUGGUGCAGUGACGUCUGGCAAAUCAAAGGCGGAGGGGGAGGGGGAGAAAUCGGGGGGCGAGGCCCGGGACAGGUGCACCCUGUCAACCCUCUGCCGGCCCCCUCCGUGACCCUGGAGCCCUCCCCCUCCUCCCCUCAGCAGGACCCCCGCUGGACGCCCCUGGAGGACAUGGAGGUGUUCUCUCCCGACGCCGAAGACGCCACAGGAAGUAGGAGAAGUGACGCAUCCAACAUCACGGCCGCACCUCCACUCGGACCUCCCCUCAGCCCCACAGGUCGUUGCUCCUCAGCCUCCAUGCUCCAUCGCCUCCUGACUUUACCGUCUCAGCUUUUGGAGGACGACAACGAGGACGCCAAGGAAACGCUGCUGGCUCUGGCGACUGACGCCGCCAGCGACCGCCAAGACGGCGUCCAACAGCCCGACCAGACAACCAGGGAGGAGGAGGAGGAGGAAGAGGAAGAAGAAGAGGACGACGAGGGCAAAGGGAGGAAGAAGCGACGCAGGGUUUGGUCGGAGUGCGAGGAGUGCGGGCGGAGGUUCAGCCGAAUGUCCCUCCUGAAGGCCCACCGGCAGACGCACGCGGCCGGGAAUGCCGCCGCCGACACGUCGUCCCCGUCGUCUCCGUCGUCUCCGCCAGCCUUGCCCCUGCGCUGCUCCGAGUGCGGGAAGAGGUUCUCCUCGUCCACCCGCCUGCACAGCCACAUCAAGACGCAGCACCCCGGCAGCCGGUCCUGAGCCGGGGCCCCGGACCAUCUGAAGGCUGGACGCUGAUAGAGCCGGAGGUCUGAGUCAGCUUCUUCUUAAACAAAAACUUCUGCCAAAGUUUGUUUGUUUGUUUUACAGAACUGAAGAUUUUUCAUCAGUUUGAAUAUUUAACGUUACAGAAAAAAAAAAGACACGUUUGAGCUUCAUGCUCGGAAGAUUCGAAAAGGGAAGAAGAAGAAAUCAACUCAAUGCUAAAACCAGAUCUGAAGAGCUGCAGCGAUUAAUAGAAUUGUUGCCUCAAAUAGUCAAUUAAUAGAACAGAUUCAGUGAAAUCAGACAAAGAUAAAUGAACUCUCUGGAAACACGUUUUCCAGUGUGACUCAAUUGAUUAUGAAUUGAGCCGCCUGACUCUGACAUGUCUGAUGCGAUCGGGAACAAACUGAAACCGGAGGCUUCCGAUGAGGAGGCCUCGGGUCGGAGGAGAUGAAGGGAAAAACGCACACGUCAGUCACCCCUCUUCUUCUUCUACUCUUGUAAAGUAACCCUAAAGAUGGACAGGAAGCGCGCUCCAACCACUGCAGGUGAGUUUCAAGCCCCACAGGUGAAUCGUUUUUUUUUUCUUCCCGCAAUAAGCUGGACACCGAAGCAGUCGGACUCUCGGAGCAGCGCUUCCUGCCUCUGCUGGUUUCUCGUGUUACGUCUGUACAGCGUGGACACCGGAAGACGUUCUUGAAGUGCCCUUUAUUGUUUCAGCAGACACUUUUCUUUCCUUCUCUGUGACUGUUCGGAUUAUCGUCGAGUGCAUUUCUGUGGUUCUAUCUGACUUUUCUGGACGUCACUACAGGAAAAAAACAGACGAAUUACGAACUUCUCGUGCAUCAGUGGCAUCUUUAGUUUGAAUGUGAAUCUCAGCGGUUUGUAGAGUUUUUAUGUUUGUUGUACAGUUUUUAAGUUUUAGAAGCAAAACAAGAGAAAAGAGUGCAACGAGAGAGAAGAGACGGUUUUAGUCCUCAGCUUGCUUCCUCAUUUCCUUCCUUCCUUCAUUUUGUUCCCGCUCAGUUCAGUUCAGAAACCUCACGUCAACACACAGAUACCUCCUGACAAACACAAACAUGUAUGUUCAGUUACUCUCUAUGGAAGCCAGAAAGACAAAUGUUACAAAGGAUCAGAUCUAAAACAGAGGUUCAGUGGGCUCAGAAACAUUCUUGGUUCUGGGGGGAUGUGGGGUUGAAAGUUUCAUUUUAUUUCACAUUUUCAUAUUCAUAAAAUAAAGCCAGCAGAACAUACUACGCACAAAAAAAUGGAGAUUAUUGGAAUAAAAAACUUCGGCACAUAAAUCAAAAUUUAUGUUGAUUAAUUAUAUUAAGUUACGUGAUGAGGAAAGGUCGUUACAUGUGAACACAGCCCACGUCAUAUAUUAGUAUUUUAACGUAACAUCAACUUGCAUUGUGGGUAAACCAUGAAUACAGGUUCAUUUCUUUAGUGAAACGCUAGUUUUGUCUCGCUAAUGACGACAUCCACAAAACAAACACAAAAAACAAACAAAGGUCGAUGGUUGGAGGUACCAUCCGCACAAACAUGUCCGCUGGUUGAUUAGCCAUCAGCUUCCGUCACACACCAACCACAUGAACAUGUUUAUUUAUUUAUUUAUUUUUAUAUGAACUCAGCUCAGAAACUGAACCUGGGCAAAACUGGGCUCUCGUAUGCUACAGCUAUAAAUAAGAGGCCAUUGAGCGUAAUAAUUUCAGAUACCUUUAGUUCCCGGGUGGCAAAUCUCUUCAGAUCAGAAACCGAUGACGUCACUGCUGUGACGUGUUGCGUGUAUGUGAGCCCACAUUGCCAGAAAUAGAUUAAUUAAUUUAAUGAUUCAGUCAAGACGUGACUCUUUAAAAACUACAAUAUUAUAUCAGUUACUGAACACUUUUCACUCAAGUUUUUAUUUCAUGUUGUUUUUUUCCCUUUAGACUCAUGCUGGGGGUUUAUAGUUUAUAUUUUAAUCAUUCCAACCUCUUCAUCUGUCCAUGUUUUUGUACAGCAGGGGGAGAGGGAUGCAGAAGAGAAUGAAAGGAUCCAAUUGCAGAAGACGUGUCUGUGAUUUAUUUUCAGAAUUCUUAGUGUAUCUGUGAAGUUUCUCCUCCUCCAAGCUCCAGCACAAAGAUAAUUUUUAAGCUUUGUAAAUGUGCGAACCUUUUCCUAGCCAGACGACGAUUCUGUUUUUACUCGUUUGAACAAAAAAAUGUCUCUUAAAGCAAUAUGAAGACCAAACUCUGCAGAGCAAGUUUGAUUUGUUUACGUAGAAGAUGAGAAGGAGUUAAAAGUUGGUGAAAUAAGCAAAAAUAAAAACGUACAAACCACCACUGAAACAAAUACGGAGUUAAAGAUUUGAGGCUGGUUUAAUGUUCGCAGAUUGUGAACCCGGGUCUUUUGAUGAGCUAUUUAAUUUCCUGUCUUAUGUCCCUGCUUAAAGCAUGUCUGCAUUGCUAACAUCUGAAUUACCAACCGCUUUUCCGCAAACGGCGAUCACCUUCAGUUUGUUCGAUUCGUCGCACUUUCAGCCUCCAUACGUGAUCACAUACCUCAAUAUUAUUUUAUUUUUUGUUUCCUGUUUUUCGCUGACCUCAUUACCUCAGCAGGACGUACAGCGCUGAUAUUUAACUACAUUAAUGUAUGUUAUUUUAGUUUAUCUGUUUCAUUUUGGCAUUUUUAAAACAAAAGCCUGAAGCUGUCGGGUAAAAACCACAAAACUUUUUCUUCAAUUUGAAGAGAGAGAUACGUUUUUUUUGGAAAAUUGAACAAGAAAACAAUUUGUCGACUAACUUAGGCUGCUCUGUACUUGCAUAUGACAUUAUUUUAUUUGAACCAAAAAUAUUAGUUCUGAUACAGUAAUACUGAUACAUGGAUCCUAUUUAUUCCACUGUUAAAAUUGCUAAAGAAAUAUUAGGGCUAAUAAAAAUACUCACAAAAAGAGGUCAAAUAAUAACUGCUAAAUUGGAUCUAAAAUUAUUUGUAAGUUGAGAUUAGUUGGUUAAAUUUAGUUAUGUGGUUUUUACAGGACAGCGGCUGCUUCAAUGCACUGUGUAGAUGAGGGAAAAAUUCAAAUCGCUGCCGUCGGAGGAAAAACUCUCCAUCUCUGCACAUUAAUUUCUACUGUGGGUUGAGUUUAAUGCUGCAAGGAAGAGUCGGACCGGCAGUCGUCUGCAGCACCAAACAGAAAGCUGAAUGUUCGAGGUUUUCUUCUGAUGGCAGCGGCAUCAUGUGACCUGUUAACCAAUCACUGUCCUUGUUUACAAAGCCAGGAGAGAAAAAUGCAUCUGGUUGACAAUAAAACAAUAAGAGAAAAAUCUUAACUUAGGAUCACCAGAGUAGAAAUGAUUUCAGUUUAAACCAAUAAACUCUCAAAAAUGCUGACUUGCUAGCAAACUAACCAAUGCUAAUGAUUAUAAUUGUUACUCCUUUCCAUGAGAAAGGUUGGAGACAGUGUAGUUCUUUGUGAUGUUGAUCUUGAGAUGAUUUAUUUUAAUUAAAUCAUAGUAUUAUCUUACUUCAGGACCUCAUCAUGAGAUGAACAUUUUUGUCAUUUCUUAUUUAUGUGAUACAUAAAUUAUGUCAUUGUGAGAAAAUUAUUUCAACCAGAUGCAUUUCUCCUCCAAUAUUUUUUAUUUUUUUUUAUAAAGGAGGCUCAUUCAUUCUAUCAUUUUUAGCACUGAGACGCAUUCAGACGCCAUUUGUACGCACAUAUCAUGGAGCACGUCUUUAUUCCUGUGAUUUUUUUUAUUUUUUUAUUAUUUUAUUUGGUGCGGUUUUCUCAAAAGUGGUUGUGUGGUUCCCAUUUGGAGACGAUGUUAUUUACCUGCCGGCUGCGAACAAGUGCAAAGACUGAAAGAAGGGAAUCAGCUCUGCAGUAAAGGACAAAGAAUUUAGUACUGGGAGCCCAGAUCUUUAAAAAAAAUAAAAAAAUAGUCAUACUGGUUCCUUAUAGAGACCCUGUGUGAUCAGUUUGUAGAUGUACAGCCGGAGUUCCUCAGGGAACGAGUAGAGGUCCUUUUAUUGUGUGAUGCGAAUGAGGGGAUGAAAGGGAUGUUUUAGUAUUUUGUUAAGUUUUAAUUUCAAUUUAAUAGUUUAAAAUAGACUGUAUGUUUGUUAUGACACAUGGAAAUGUGACUAAUGUUAAAAUCUUGGAGGCUUUUUGUUCAUUUAUUUUUAUUUUUUUGUUGUUUUACAAAUAUCAAUUUCUACUUCCUGUAUAAUCCUGAUGAACUGACUUGCUUUGUUUGUCAAAGAGAGUUCAUCUCAAUGUUUGGAUUUAAUGCAAUACUUUUGAUAACAUGUGCCCUUUUUUGUAAUUCAGUACUCUAAAACCAAAACUAAAAGUUUCCUAUUUAAUAAUACAAUUGGAAAAAGUGCUGGAUUUUAGUGAUGAAGAGUCAGACGGUUCAACCGUCAGUCAGAAGAUGGAAGAAAAAUUUCCAUCAUCAGCCAAUGUGAAAAUUAACUCAGAAUUGAUGUGACCUUUGCCCUAUUGUGACCAAUGUCAGUUUUGAGUGGAUUAUUGCCAACUUUCAAUGUUAAACCAGUGAAAUGGUGGAUAUUCACAGAUCUGUUUGACCUUGUGCCCCGUGUUGAUCACAGCUGCACCGUUUGAAUGUCAUUUACGCCAAGUUACAACUGUUUGCCAUAAUGAUAUGAUGAUGAAGGCUACGGUGAUGGUGUUUUUUUUUUUUUUUUUGUUUGUUUUUUUAUUACCUGUUAAGUCUAUGAGACUGGGUACUUUUUAGUGUUAAAUUUCAAGCAAAACCAAUAAAUGUUCACAACUACCAA